ACUCAUCCCUUCCGUCCAUCGACAAUCGAUGGUUAUGUAUGCAUACGGGCGAUGAUGAUGAAGAUGAUGAUGAUUUCCUUGCAUAAUUAAUUUAAUAGCGACUUGGUAUCGAGUGGUAACAAUAUAUUGAUUAAAAAAAAAAAAAAAUACGCGUUUUAUAUAAACACGUUUACGAUCAAUAGAGAGCCCAGGAGAGACCAAGAGACAGAAAACCGACACAAAGUGUUACGUAGAUCAUCGCGAGUCAUCUGUGAAGGAAGAAUUUGUAUAUAUAUAUAUAAAUAUUACAUAUGUAAAUAAGUGAUCACACAUCGCAUCCGUAAUCGAAGCUCGAGUACGAUGUACACGUGGAAAGUGACCGGUCAUGCCUUGAAACGAUUCAGCGCGAAUUGCAGCGGUCACAACGGCAGAUUCCUCCAGGGCAUCGUUUUGCAGCAUCGCAGCCCGAAGACGCCAAAUCGGAGCAAGUUCGGCAGUUACCGCAAGAGAAUAAGUCUGUGGUUCCGCGAACAGGGCACCCAGGUCACCCAGGUCUGCAAGAGACAGUUCGAGUUUGUCGCGGCUCAGCGUAUCAGACGGUACAUCCAGAUCUUUCAUCUGUACACGAGGAUAUGGGACGAGGUAGCGUUGAGGGAGUUCAUGCGCUCCUGGAGGUUGAGACUCGCCAGGAACGCCAGGAACUUCCUAGUGAGCGCGGUCGGCGUCACCGCGUACAAUUGGGAUCGAGAUAGGAUCAGCGAUGAGGAAAUUAAUAGGUAUAAUCGUGAGAUUGAAGGAAUUUAUAAGUUGCGUGACAACACAGUAGUCUGCUCCAAGUGUCACUUGCGAAUUGUCAUCGAUGCUGUACAGCCUAAUGUAAAAUAUUGUAAAUGUAAUCAAGUUCAGUCCUCUGUCUCUAGUAAUCAAGAUUCAGAAGAUUGGCAGCCUUUUAUCGAACGUCAAGAUAUGUUAAUAUGGAGAAAAAAAGAGCCUGAUUCUGGAGGAUUAUUUGCGUACAAAGUAUAUGGUUCAUUUUCCGAUGUUACUGCCGAUGAUUUUUUGCAAGUACAAAUUGAUGUAGAUUAUAGGAAGCAGUGGGAUCCCACUGCUCAAGAAUUACAAAUUAUUGAGACUGAUCCAAAGUCAGAAUCAUCCACUAAUCAUAGUACUGACAUUAUUCAUUGGGAAAUGAUCUGGCCUAAAUUAUUUUCUAACAGAGAUUACGUAUAUCAACGUCGAUGGAUCGUGGAUAGAGAAAAGGGACUUGUGAUUAUUGUGAGUCGAGUUACAGAACAUCCUGAUGUGCCAGAAAGACGGGGAAUUUACAGGGUCAAGACAUAUUGGUCGUUCAUGGUAAUAAAGCCUUAUACAGAAUUCCAUGAGCCAGGCAUCGAAUUUGGUCUUACUUACUUUGAUGAUCCUGGUGUUGCUGUGCCAUCCCCUGUUACUGCAUGGGUAGCAUUGAGAGGUUUACCAGACUUUCUAGUUCGCAUGAGACAGGCCUCAAAGGAUUACCAAAAAUAUAAACUGAUGAAACAAACAGCUGCAUCUAAUAACGGUCCUCUUACGUUACCUGAAGAAGACGUUUCCAAAGAACAAAUUAAAGUUGAUGCAGAAGAUAAUUUAGACAACGAUAAAAAAUCAAUGAGAGAUUAUCAAGAUUCAAGAGAUGAUUCUGAUAACAGUACUGAUAAAUUGGAUGUUACACAUGAUGUACAGCGAGAAAAUGAUUUACCGGAAACUGAAAAUAAGGACCCAAAUUCUACACCAAAAGAAGAGCAAGGUCUAUUACAUUACUUCUAUCUUACAAAAUUAUUUGCAUUUUUGGAUAUAUGACAAUUGGAUUUGAUGUAACUUUUGACUAGUAGAUAUUUUAAUGUGAUUCCAUAUGAAGAAAAUAAUCUACUAUUGAUAAGAAAUAGAGCAGGUUUAUGGAACGAGCAAUAUUUCAUUAAUGUAUAUUGGACAAAUACUACGUGCUUUUGUGUAUAGCAAUAUGAAAUUGUGAAUAUAUGACAACUCAUCCAUUCUUCAUUUAAUCAGUAAUUUUCACUUUUUAUAAAAAGAAAAAACAUAAGCAAGUAAUGAGACUGAUUAAGUGUGUCUUUAUGAUUUUAUUUUAUUUGUUUGUUGAAACUCUUUGUAUCAUGUGUAAACAUUAAUGAAUAAGAACACACAGAAGAUAAUCUUUUAUGGAAAAAUAAUGAAUUGAACUAAUUUGAUAAUUUAUAUGAUAUAUAAAUAGAUAUCUAAUAUAAAAAAGCAAAUCAAACUUAUUGUUUCUCUUUAAACAUUAUAAAACAAGUAAGAUAUAUUUGUAUAUUGUUUAGUGU